AUGCUGAAACACGGCCCCCCUAGCCUUAAAAGGGCUCUCACGGAUUCUGAUAUUAUCGACGGUUAUGUUGCCUACGAAGACUACAGGAAGCUUUACGAUCAUGUCGUGAAACUGACCCACCAAAUCAAUGAACUUCAAUCUAGCCUGAUGGAAUCCGCGUCCGCCAAAGUCAGCGAAAGGCUGACCGACACUUGUCCUAUCCUUCCAGACCCAUUUCCUAUCGGACAGCCGGUUAGUUUAAUUGUUCGCGACGAUGUCUUCACUGAUCCCUCCACGAAUACCAAAUCCUACGCUAACGCUGCUUCGAAUGGUUUGGCUAAGCCUAUCGAUACACUUUCUAUUGCUAAAGAGGCCGCUAAAAUCAUGGACAAGGCCACUCGGGCCGUUGUCGAGAGGAUGCCAGAUAAUAAAGAAGACCCUGAUCAAGAGAAGUUGGACCUGGUUUUUUUCACUAAAUUCAGUACCACUCACGGACUGCCGGUGCCUUCCGAAGCUCAUCGUCACUUUUCAAAUACCGCCUGUCGCCCACUGAAACUCCAGUUCGCUAACAACGCCGAGCGUGACAAAUUUCUUCAUGGUUUCUACAAAGUUAAAAACUCCGACCCGUCUCUCUCGUCCAUCCAGAAUCGCCCACGAGCUCGGAGAGAUCUCACUAAGGAGGAGCUGAAAAGACUUUACGAAUCGAGAAAGUUCGUAUACGAUAACAAUCUGAAGGAAAAGUCUUCCAAGUAUAUCAUGGUGGAUAUCGACUACAAGCUGAACCGUAACCCUCGCCCUUUUAUCUAG